AGAGCAGUUCAGCCUGCCACGACCAAGAAAAGAGGGGCUUUCACCGACAACCCACCACACGACUUAGGAGACGAAGUGUGACUGACUGACAAUGGACAAGAUGUCCAUACUGAUGGUGUGUUUGAUGGCCGCCUUGUCGGAGGCUGCAUUACACGAGUUUUCUCACCUUCAGAAUGUUCUGGACGACGAUGAACUCAUGGAUCAUGCGAGUAGAGUGGCGAGGGCUGCGGAUGCCGCUGGCUAUGAGAUCGCCACGUUGUACGGAGAGAGCUUGGAGUCUGGAGAACACAGACGCCUCACCAAGAGAGACGUUGAAGACCACGUCGCCAGUCCGUCGUCAAAGUCCAGAAACUUCGAGCUUCGCCUCACUUCCGGAGAGAGACUACACAUGUCACUUCAGAAGCGCAAGUUCUAUGCUCAAACCUGAAAGUGGUGAGCGCUUGGAGAACGAA